CGCGUAUUCAUACUAGAGUAGCCAUUUCGGAUUGUCGCCCGUAUAGUAUAGAAUCGAUGUGUUCCGCUUAUUUCCAAAGGGGAAAAAUCCUAUUUCAACUAACGAUAGUGCGCCAUUUGUUGUGGAAAAUUGUACAUUUUCAAUUUUUGCGAUAAGUAUUGUGCUUUAGUAAAAGAAAGUUUUGGUAUGAAAUAAUUACAGUGGAAAGAACCAGCUGUUUUUAGACUAUAAAAGAAAAUCGAUCAAACUGUUAUGUUGAAGCUUUUGUGAGAUUAGGUGUUUUACAGCUAUAGAAAUUUUCCUAACUUUUACGAUUCUGUCCUCAGUAGAAAGUGUAAUUACUUAUACAAUUGUGUCUAGUGUGCAAUAGAAACAAAACUCAGUGUAAAUUCAAGAAUAGUAGUCCACUCGAAAAAAAACUGAACAAAUUGUCCUCACGUCCUAAUAGCUCAUAGUAAAAAGUGUUACUAUACGGAUACAUAGCAAGUGAAACUCUGCCCCUCAACCCGACACCAUGGUUGACAUAAUCUGCCUAAUUGCACUGCUAGUAACGGCAGUCGCUGCGAGCUGGCCGGAAGGAUUUUCCACUCCACAGCACUCGAUCGUCAAGCGGAUGGAUUUGGAAACAUGUCUAGUGCGCUUCGACGUCCACUUGAACACGAUCAUCCGCACGGAGGAAUCGCGCUCGAUGGGGGCCAACUUCCUGGACGAUGCCGAUGUGAGCUCGCGAGAACAGUGCUUGCGGCUAUGCUGCGAAACGGAGAAAUGCGACGUGUUCGUUUUCGAGGAAAAGAACCAGGGCACCUGCUUCCUGUUUCAGUGCGGCCCAUCGAACGAUUUUCACUGCAAAUUCACACACCAUGCCAACUACACCAGUGCGGUUCUGAAAAUUCCAUCGCUGGAACAACCGCCCCCUCCCCUCGUUUCUCAAAUCCAUUCCCUAGUGCAGCCACCGUCGCCACCACAAAUGGCCGUUAUCGUGCCCCAGCUAUCGCAGCAUGAACGGGAACUGGUCAACCUCAAAGCACCGAAGAUUCCCCCGAGAAGUGAACAAACGACGCUUGCUCCGUUGCCACCGCUGGGCGUCCAACUAGGUCAGUUGCCCACGACAACGACCCCAAAGCCUACUACACCGACCCAAUGUGGUCACUAUGAGUUCCCUUGCCACUCGGGAGAAUGUAUCGCGAUCUACAAUGCUUGCGAUGGAAUUCCGCAGUGCUCUGAUGGCAGUGAUGAAGGGCCCGAAUGCCGUAGACCUCCACCAAUCAAACCUUUCCAACCAUCUCCAGUUCAGCAGCAACCUCAACAACAGUCUUCACAGAUUUCCACGAAUCAAGUCAAUGACAUGCCUGCAGUGAAAUCCAUAAUAUCACAAGUUUUCCAACCGGAUGUGCAACAGCAACAGUUGAGGGGGCUGCAAGAACAGCAGAAGCUGCGCAAUCAAAUACCACACAAUCGGGAAGAUCCGAUGACUGCUCCGAAAGCGUGGCCGCGACCAGUAGUUGAUCAGCAGAGCGCCUAUAUUGAUACACCAGACAGCCGAAUCUUCAAUCAUAAGGGAGGACUUCAGCUAUCGUCCAAUAACAUCGCUGCUUCGCAGUAUCAAUUCCCAGAAACCAGCUAUGUUCCCAACAUACCACGAAACAACCCUUACAUGCCUAUUCCCGAUAGCUUUCAGCCUGGAUCUCAGUGGAACGAUCCACGCAUAUCACCGCCUCAACGUCCAAUGUGGCCACAAACCCAACAACUUCCCCAAGAACAAUACGUUCAACCACCUCCUCAACACCAACCGGACGUCAACCAACUUCAACCAAUUCAGACAAUUCCUUCAAAUCCUCCUUCUCAAAUGUCUCGAAACCCACCACAACCCCAAGUAGCCUCAGUUCCUGUGGCCACUGAUUCCAAACCUCCUGCUCCCAACGCCGAAACGACAAAGAACUCCGAAAAUCACAAAUCCGGAAAAUCUUCCGAAGAAUACGAAUCUUAUGAUGAACAGCAGUACCCGGAAAAGCCCUCCGCCGAAGACCAGGAGGAGGAGAAACCGGAACCACCUCAGCAGAAGAAGAAGUCCCGGAAACACCACCAUCAACACCAACACGACGAAGAGCACAAGAAGCGCAAAUCGAAAACGGCCAAGAAGGACAAGGCCGUACACGGAUCGGAGGGACAUAUGCCACCGGUGCACGAACACCUGAAGAUGCUGCGCAGUGAUCUGGAGAUCGAGUUUGCCGAUCAUGACGGCCAAGCGGAACGGCCUGGCGGAGCGGUACUCUCGUUGACUUUGGGAGCCAUACUAACGGCGGCGUUGGCCAUUCUGAUCGGAUGCCGGAUGAAGGUUGCCCGGAGGAGAAUCCGACGGCAGGGCAAGGGAUCGUACGCGCACGAUGCCGACUUUCUGGUGAACGGGAUGUACCUCUAGGACGCGUAGGGCGCCCUUGGGAGGGCUGAAGCCGUAGGGUAAAUGGGAUGUUUUUGAUUGUACAACAUUGGUUUGCAAAUGGUGAAUUAGUUAAGAAGCAUUUGAAUUUCGUUCUACGGUAUAUUAUUUGAUUGAAAAUCGUAUAUCAUAUGUUUAGUAAUGCCUUUAUUCCAGCCACAAUUAUGAGAGAUUAGUUACUCAAUAAAACAAGAUUGAAAACCUAA